GAUUCCUAUCGCGUGAUGGGUGGGUUUGAGCAGCGUCCCUGGACACCGACGAAGCGGCGGGGACCGAUCGCGGCGGAACACCGUGGCCCAGGGCCACAAUAUCUUCUACCACAACUGCUCGGUACGAAAGUGGUAGACUCGAAACGGCAAGCCGCACCCGCCUACAGCUUCGGCCAGCGACACAAACCGCGCACGGAAUCGUUCAGCCCGGGCCCGCUCUACAACAUCACCGGGCUCGGCUGCAAGGGAAAGGAUGCACCACCGGCCUACUGCCUGCAGAGUCGUCCGAAGGAGAUACCCAAAUAUCUGACACCGGCACCGGGCGAGUACAACAUCGAAAAGGCGGACAAAAUGCUGGUGAAAUCCGCCCCGAAGUACACGUUCGGUGUGAAGAAGCCGCCAAAUCCGACCAGCCAAACACCAGCUCCCGGAGACUAUAAGCCAGAACGCGUCACCUUUGACAGCACCCCGAAGUUUUCGUUUGGCAUCAAAACGGAGAGUAAGAUACGCAACGACACACCAGCACCCGGUACCUAUUCGCCGGAGAAAGUAUUGAAAGACAAAUCACCAAAGUAUAGCUUUGGACUGAAGGUAAUACCGGAAAAGAUUGAAGAAACGCCGGCACCCGGUGCCUACCAGCCAGAAAGAGCACUUGCGUUGGAUAAGAAACCGGCGUACAGCUUCGGUCUGAAGACGAUCGUCGAGAAACCGAACAACACACCGGCCCCGGGAGCGUACGAGCCGGAGAAAGUGAAGAUCAACAACACACCGGCGUACAGCUUCGGCAUCCGGUCCGCGAUCGAAAAGCCGAACUCCAAUCCUGCACCGGGCGCGUACGAGCCGGAAAAGGCCAAGAAGCUGAUCGAUAGCUCACCCGCAUUUGCAUUCGGCAUGCGCAUCAAUCAUGACAAGCCAAACAAUACGCCCGGCCCAUCCGCGUAUCAGGUGGAGAAGGUGAACCUCGAUCACCAGCCGGCCUACAGCUUCGGGUUGCGCACGAACGUGACCAAGCCGAACGUUACGCCUGCGCCGGGUGCCUACUGCCCGGAGAAGGCGCACCAAGACUCUGCCCCGAAGUACAGCUUUGGCAUCCGACCGACAAUCGACAAACCGGACAAUAUUCCCGCUCCCGGAGCGUACUCUCCCGAGAAGGCCAAAGUAGAUAGUAGUCCAGCGUACAGCUUCGGUGUGCGCUCCAAGCCAGAGAAACCAAGUGCCAAUCCCGGUCCGGGAGCGUACGAUGCGGACAAGGCGGUGGACGGAAAGUCACCGGCGUACUCGUUUGGGUUGCGGCCAGAGGUUGGCAAGCCGAACACCAUGCCCGGUCCGGGUGCAUAUAAUGCGGAUCGCGUUGAUCACGCUACACCGGCGUACUCGUUCGGUGUCAAGACCAACACGGACAGGGUGGAACGAAUCCCUGGACCGGGUGCGUACGAUGCGGACAAGACGAUGGAUAAAUCUUCCCCGGCGUAUUCGUUCGGGGUGAAAACGAACGUACAGAAGCCGAGUGUGGUGCCCGGGCCGGGUGCUUACGACGCCGACAAGCAAGACAAAUCAUCUCCGGCGUAUUCGUUCGGUGUGAAGACUAGCGUAGAAAAGCCAAGUGUUAUACCCGGACCGGGGGCGUACGAUGCGGACAAGGUGGUGGACAAGACAUCACCAGCGUACUCGUUCGGUGCGAGAACAAAUGUGGAUAGGCCCAGCAUAGUUCCGGGACCGGGCGCAUAUGAUUCGGAUAAAGUGCACGACAAAUCAGCUCCGGCAUAUUCGUUCGGCGUUAGGACGAACUUGGAGAAACCGAACGCAAUUCCCGGUCCAGGAGCAUACGAUGCGGAUAAAGUGAUUGAUAAAACUACACCAGCGUAUUCUUUCGGCGUUAAGCACAACUUGGACAAACCGAAUGCAAUUCCAGGACCUGGAGCUUACGAUGCGGAUAAAGUGAUCGACAAGUCUGCCCCGGCAUACUCUUUCGGUGUCAAGACGAACGUGGAAAAGCCCAACGCAAUUCCCGGUCCAGGAGCGUACGAUGCCGAUAAAGCGAUCGAUAAAUCAACUCCCGCGUAUUCCUUCGGGGUGAAGCCUAAUUUAGGGAAGCCGAAUGUAAUGCCCGGCCCAGGCGCCUACGAUGCGGAUAAGGUGCAUGAUACGUUCUCACCUGCCUAUUCGUUCGGUGUUAAAACGAACGUCGACAAGCCCAGCACCAUUCCGGGCCCGGGUGCAUACGAUGCGGAUAAAGUGAUCGACAAGUCUUCCCCAGCAUUUACUUUCGGCGUUAAGCCAAACAUCGAUAAGCCCAAUGUUAUUCCCGGCCCAGGUGCGUAUGACGCGGACAAAGUCACCGACAAGUCCUGCCCGGCAUAUUCGUUCGGAAUUAGGACGAACGUUGAGAAGCCCAACGCUAUACCCGGACCGGGUGCGUAUGAUGCGGACAAGGUCAUAGAACGGUCCUGUCCAGCGUACUCGUUCGGGAUCAAGACUAAUGUGGAGAAGCCGAGUGCCAUACCCGGCCCGGGUGCGUACGACACCGACAAGGUGCAGGACUCAAACACACCGGCCUAUACGUUUGGUGUGAAGCCUCAGACGACGAAGGUGAAUCCAACACCGGCCCCGGGUGCAUACUCCCCGGAGAAGUAUGUCUGUCACCAUCCGGCCUUUACGUUCGGUGUGAAGCCACAUAUCGAUAAGAUCGAUAUUAUACCGGCGCCGGGUGCAUACAAUCCGGAAGCAGUGAAGUUGGACAACAGCCCGGCCUACACGUUCGGUGUGAAGCCGGUUAUUGACAAGGUCGAUAUGACACCGGCACCGGGCACAUACUCGGUGGAAAAGGUUAAACUGGAUCAUUCGCCAGCAUAUCCGUUUGGAAUGAAGGUUCACCGUGAGAAGCCGAAUAAUGUACCAGCUCCCGGAACCUACAAUCCCGAUAAAGUGAAGCUGGACCACUCGCCAGCGUACAGUUUUGGCAUUAAGCAUAAAGGUGAAACGCUGCGAGAUACACCGGCACCAUCUGCCUAUCAACCGGAGAAGUGUAAAACCGACUGUUCCCCCGCGUACAGCUUCGGCGUGAAGGUAAAUCACGAAACGAUCACUCACGACGGUCCAGUGGUGACCAGUGACGAAACGGCAGCGGUAGCUGCUAUGAAAUCGAUGGUGAUCAGCAAUGGCAGCGCGACUGUUGACAAUCGUAGCGAAACUCGGAACAGCUCCAACAUCACCAGCACCAGUACCAGCGCGGUACAGAACGGCCAUAAUGGAGGGGCCACCUUCACGACCGUCACGACCACGAGAACAUCUGGCGGUUCGAUGAAGAUGGUCCGCGAGCGGAAGACCACUACCGAGGAACGCUCGUCGGGCACGGUUGAGGCGAUCGGCGAAGGGCUCGUACCGAACUGUAUUGCGGGCGUCAAGCAGCUUGCCAACGUGCAGCAUCAGCGCAUGGUGUGCACCGGCCACUUCAGGGCGUAA